AUGGGAAGCACAAAGCUCCUGUUGUUGUCGAUGGUGUUUCUUGCAGUGUGUGCUGGGACAUGCAGGCCUUUGGGUGAUGAUGUGGUUGAAGACGCCAAAUCCAAAGCAGAGGACGCAAAGAAGUUUGCCGCAGGAAUGAUGCGUGAUACCGAGGAAGGGACCUGGUCUUUCUCUGAUUGGGCUCAAGACAUGUUCUCUAAAAAUUUCGGAGAGGAUAAAUCGACUCAAAACAUGAAGUAUAAUGUUGAAGAUGUUGCCUCAAUGACCGCAGACACAGUGAAAUCUGCAGCAUCAGGAGCGUCGGACUAUGCUUCUGAAAAGGCUACGGAUGCUAAGGAAGCAAUUUCAGGGGCCAUGGCACAAGGAAAGGAGAAAUUGUAUGACGCUUAUGAUGGAAACGCCAAGGUCAUAAAAAUGCCAACAGAUAUUAAUAAUGCAAAAGACAGACUGGGAGAAACCGUGGGUCAAGCCAGAGAAAGAAUGGGAGAUGCCUACGACGAUGCUGUGCAAAAAAUGCAGAUGGCUUCAGAGAAGGCUUCUGGUGUGGCUCACAACGCCAAAGAUAACAUGGAUGAGUCCAUAGAAUAUGGAAGAGAUAGAGCAGUCAAUGCCUAUGACGAAGGUAAGCAGAAAAUGAACAUGGCAUCAGAGAAAUUCUACGAAGCCAAAGACAAAGCAAGUGACGUUUAUGUCGAAGCUAGUGAUAAAGUGAAAGAAGCAAUGGACUGUGGAAUGAAUAUGGCUGCUGAUAAGGCCAAUGAUGCUAAAGAUAACAUAGGCGUGGCAAAUGAAUAUGGAAGGGACAAAGUAGCCGAAACUUUUGACCAGAUUAAACGUGAAGUGGAGGAAGCAUACGCGUCGGCAAAGAAUACAAUUCCUGAAGAGGCAAAGGCUAAGUACGAGGCUGCAAAGGAGAAGGUUUCAGAUGCCGCAGGGGAUCUUGGAGCUAAGAUGAGGAACACCCCAAACCAAUAA